AUGGACGAGCCUGCAGACUUGACAGACUGCUGUAGGUCCUUCGCCAUUGGCGUUCCGCGGGUCACAUGGUGUCAGGAAGGUGAUAUGAGGGUGGAAGAGUUUUACAGCUUUGACAUACUACCUAGGGUUAGGGCACAGGGAGCACCGAUUAAUGACUGCUCAGUCUUUAUCACUUCUGCAAACAAAGGCUCCAGGAUGAACUCCUACUUAGACUACCCCGUGUGCAACCGGGGAGCGAACCUCUUCAGUGCCAAGGCCGGAUACCACAACUUAAACCACGGAUACAUGUCGUCCAGCUCGUGCGCAACAAGUGAUAGUUACGCACCGGAUGGCCGCUUGGUCGCCGCGACGUCUGCGCCCCACCAGACGCCGAGCCUCCCCCUGCACCACCAGACACACGUCAACUUGGACCUGCAGUUCUCCUCGCCGGGGAGCUCCAUGUACGGGUCGCCUCUGGAGUUCGGACACCACCAGUACGGCCUGGCUCCCGAGCAGGACCGGAACUUCAUCCAUGCGCAGGUUUCCCCCCUCGGAACAAACAUGGCCCCUUACACCGGGGACAGCUGCGGGCCUGGGGUGGCAGCGGGCGGCCACUAUCUGCACUUCGGUAACGGAGAGCAGAGGCAGCAAGAAUAUACAGACAGUGUUUACACAAGGUUACCGCCCCAGAGCAAGGAGAAUGACUUGGAGCAUGUGGAGGAAACGUCUAAAACAUUCGAUUGGAUGAAAGUGAAGAGGAAUCCUCCCAAAACAGCGGGCCUGUCCGAGUUCCCCGGCCAGCACAACGUGAUCCGCACCAACUUCACCACCAAGCAGCUGACGGAGCUGGAGAAAGAGUUCCACUUCAACAAGUACCUGACGCGGGCACGGAGGGUGGAGGUGGCCGCCAGUCUGGAGCUCAACGAGACGCAGGUGAAGAUCUGGUUCCAGAACCGCAGGAUGAAGCAGAAGAAACGGGAGAAGCUCGGCUCCUCUGUGUUGAACAACACCCCGGCACCUGUGGAGAAAGUCUCCGGCCCUGAAUCCUCUCCAAAGGAGAAGGGGAAAGACUCUGGACCAUUAUAA